AUGAACUACGCAACUGAACAGUUUGUACUGUUCACCAUUUAUCUAUUUGUGCUGAUUGGAUACCAUAUGCAUGGAAUUCAUCGGAUACUGUACCACGAGGAACACAUCGGGAACACCAAUCGAAUUUCGAAUAUUUUCCUGAGGGUUACGGACUGGAUGCGACACAAUUACACUUUUUGCGUAGUGAUCACCUUUAUCAACACGGCCACCCUCACUAUUCAUUUCCUAGCGGCCGUGGUCUGGUCCGUGCUCCACACCUAUCUUGUCAUCUGCAAAAAGGAGUGGAACGUGAUUCUCGACCUACUCAUCAUUUUUGUGCCGCUCGCUCCGGCGAUAGGGCCAAUUUUCUACCUAUGCGCGCUCAAGCGCCUCCAGCUUCCGGGUUACGAUCCGGACGUUUAUGAGAUUCCUACGAGCCUCUCCGCCGAUAUGAAAUCGUUGUACAAGUACGGCGUAUCAUUCCGUCUGCUACGCAGUGUUUCUGAUACCGGUGCUGCU